AAAACCCACACCAAAAACUCCCGUAGACAACAAACCGCCUUCUGCAACCAAACCUAAAAAACGAGGCUCCUUGUCUGAUUGGCUAUUGAAACCGGCUGAGAAAAAAUUAAAGGAAACUACUCCACCAAAAGAGAAACCCAAAAACUCUGAACUAAAACAAAAUGAUAAAAAUGAACAUAGUAAAGAUAAGAAAGCUACAACCUCACAGAAAAAUGCCAAAUUAUUUGAGAAUAACUUGGAUGAAGAGGAGGAAACUGAAGAACAAAUGGUGAAGAAACUUCAAGAAGUUGAAAAAUCUAAAGAAUUGAAAAACUCGGAAAAUGAAGAAGGUAAAAAAUCCAGAGAAACUGAAAACCCGAGAACUGAAGAUCGAAAGACGAAUUCUUCCUCUCUUCUAAUAACUGAAGAUGCUGAUGUACAAAGUAGGAUAAAAUUGAUGUUCCUUGUCGAUAUGCCUGAAGAUUUUUACAAGUUUUGGACGUUCUGUGAAUCGGUUGGAAGCUAUGCAUUAUCUAAAGGAGAUCCUUGUGAUGCUUUUAAGAGCGUUGGUCUCAAAUUGGUUGGUCCUUUUGAUGUAUUGGCGAAUCGAUUUGAUACAAACGCUGAAUACAGUCAAGAAAGAUUACUCAGGCAUUGGCGAUAUUAUUACGACCCUCCUGAGUUUCAAACUGUGAUAAAGGGUGAUGACAAAACAGGCUAUCAUCUAGGAUACUUCCGAGAUGACCCCAAAGAUAAACCAGUAUUCGUAGCUAGUAACAUGGCUGAGAAGUCUUACAUUAUAAAACCUAUUGCGGAAAAUCUGUUUGGAGCUGUGAAUUCUUACCUUGAAGACGAGAAACAGGUAGCUGAUCCAUUCGUGAAGGUGAAAAUUGUGAAGUUGCAAAAUCAACUCACAACAUUUGCGAAAAAGGAGAACAUCACUCUUGAAAAGACGACAGAAACAAUGAGCAAGCGCAACUCGAAAGUUGUCACAAAGCUGUUCCAUAAGGCUGGUCUAGUUGUUCCUUUCGAUAAGAAAUCAGAAGUUGGCUAUCGAGAGUUGGCUGAGAAUGAUGCAACAAUCAAAAUAAUGCUGGGCAAGAUCGAUAAAUGUAAAACGGAGGAGGAAAGGAGAGGCCACAUGUCCAGACUGCAACCUGUUAUCACGUUUGCCAACAUAGCCAACGAUGAAUGCGACUUUGGAACCAGCCUGGAGCUAGGAUUGGAUCUGUUUAGUUUUGGUUCGCCAUAUCUUCACGAAUCGGCAAAGCUCUUAGCUUCAACCGCCUACAGCCUACUGGGUAGAAGUGAAUUCGCUAAAAUUCUAGAGGCUCAUCUGAAAGACAGAAAGAAAGGCAGUAAUCUGAGUGCUUUGAAGUGAGCGGCUGAAAGAACUAAUGUGAGAAUUCUCAAGUGAGAGUGUACUACUGAUGAAUUAGUUUUAUAUCCAGUCAUGUGAUAGAUUAUAAAAUAGACUGGUCUCUUUGUUAAUUUGUUCAGUAUUAACUUUUCGGACCGUAGAUCUGUUACUCAAUCAUUUAUUACAAAUAAAUGAUUUGAUAAGCUAAUUAAUUUAUUCAUGAGUGACGUAGUUGAACUCUUCAAUUUCCUGUUUUGAAAUUGUCUACGACUAAACUUAUCUUAUUUCAUUAAAUUCAUAAAGAUUGGAAAGUGUUUUUUAUUCUCAUAAAUCAAAAUAAUGCUGGGCAAGAUCGAUAAAUGUAAAACGGAGGAGGAAAGGAGAGGCCACAUGUCCAGACUGCAACCUGUUAUCACGUUUGCCAACAUAGCCAACGAUGAAUGCGACUUUGGAACCAGCCUGGAGCUAGGAUUGGAUCUGUUUAGUUUUGGUUCGCCAUAUCUUCACGAAUCGGCAAAGCUCUUAGCUUCAACCGCCUACAGCCUACUGGGUAGAAGUGAAUUCGCUAAAAUUCUAGAGGCUCAUCUGAAAGACAGAAAGAAAGGCAGUAAUCUGAGUGCUUUGAAGUGAGCGGCUGAAA